CCCCCUCCCCGUCCUUUCCCCCGGUGUCCCCGGGACCCCCCCGGUGUCCCCCCACCCCCCCCGCCAUGGAGGACGUGACCCCCCCGGAUCUUCUGCCGUUCCUCCUGCAGCAGGACUGGGGUGUGCAGGCAGAGACAGGGGGGGCCGCCCCCUUCGUGGAGAUCCUGGAGCAGCCGAAGCCGCGGGGGAUGCGGUUCCGCUACAAGUGCGAGGGGCGUUCGGCCGGCAGCAUCCCCGGGGAGCACAGCACCGACACCACCAAGACGCACCCCACCAUCCGCGUGAACAACUACCGGGGCCCCGGGCGGGUGCGGGUGUCGCUGGUGACGAAGGAGCCCCCCCACCGCCCCCACCCCCAUGAACUGGUGGGCAAGGACUGCCGGGACGGCUACUACGAGGCCGAGUUGCCCCCCGAGCGCAACGUCCACAGUUUCCAGAAUUUAGGGAUUCAAUGCGUGAAAAAACGGGAGCUAGAAGCGGCCGUGGCUGAGCGGAUCCGUACCAAUAACAACCCCUUCAACGUGCCAGCGGAGCAGCGCGGGGGCGAGUACGACCUGAGCGCGGUGCGGCUCUGCUUCCAGGUCUGGGUGCGGGGCCCUGGGGGGCUGCACCCCCUGCCCCCCGUCCUCUCCCAGCCCGUCUACGACAACCGGGCCCCCAACACGGCUGAGCUGCGGAUCUGUCGGGUGAACCGGAAUUCGGGGAGCUGCCGGGGGGGGGAUGAGAUCUUCCUGCUCUGUGACAAGGUUCAGAAAGAGGACAUCGAGGUGCGUUUCUCGGCAGAGGGCUGGGAGGCCAAGGGCGCCUUCGCGCAGGCCGACGUUCACCGCCAGGUCGCCAUCGUUUUCCGUACGCCGCCGUACCGGGAGCCGGCCUUGCGGCAGCCCGUCACUGUCCACAUGCAGCUCCAGCGCCCGUCCGACCGCGAGCGCAGCGAGCCCAUGGACUUCCGCUACCUGCCCCACCACGGGGACCUGCAGUGCAUCGAGGAGAAGCGCAAGCGGACCCGGGAGACCUUCCGCUCCUUCAUCCAGCGCAGCCCCCUGCCCGGUUCAGCACCCCCCGAGCCCCGGCCCCCCCGGCGCAUUGCGGUGCCCUCACGGCCCCCCCCGGCCCCCCAAAUCCCCCCCAGCAUGGCUCUUCCCACAGCCCCCUCUUUCUCUUUUGGGGGGCCGGGGGCACUGUUGGGCCCCCCCCCCCCCGAACCGGAGCCACUGGCUGAGGCUUUCCUGCAGCUGCAGUUUGAAGAGGGUCCCCCCCCGGGAGGGGGGGGCAGCGGUGGGGUGGGACACACCCCUUUGGAUUUAGGGGCGCUUUUGGGGGAAUCCUCUUUCUCCACCCUCGAUACCAUCAAUGCCGCCGACGUCCAGCGCUUGUUGGGCCCCUCCGAACCCUCCCAGGCUUUUGGGGACCCCCCGGCUGAUUUUGGAGGGGGGGCUUCUGAUUUUGGGGGGGUCCCCCAAGAUUUUGGGGGACCCCCCAUGCUGAUGUCAUACCCCGAAGCCAUCGCUCGGCUGGUGCAGAGUCAGCCCCCGGGGGGGGGGCCUGAAAUUGGGGGGGGUCCCCAGUUGGGGGGGGGUCCUGAGUUAGGGGAGGGACCCGAUUUGGGGGGUGGGGGGGCCCCUGAGGAUUCGCUGCCUUCCCUGGGGGACCUGGACCUCAGCACCUUGCUCAACCAGCUCCACUCCUCCUAACUGGAGGCAUUGGGGGUGGUUACUGGGAGUGACUGGGAGGCUUCUGGGGGGGCUACUGGGAGGCUUCUGAGGGGGGCUGGGGGGCUACUGGGAGUUACUGGGAGGGCUUUAGGGGGCAGUGGGGGGCUGCUGGGAGGCUUCUUGGGGAGCUGGGGGGCUACUGGAGGGCUUCUAGGGGUCGCUGGGAGUGACUGGUGGCUACUGGGAAUCACUGGGAGGCUUCUUGGGGAGCUGGGGGGCUACUGGGAGGCUUCUAGGGGUCACUGGGAGUGACUGGGAGGGUUUUAGGGGGCACUGGGGGAGCUGGGGGGCUACUGGGAGGGUUCUGGGGUUUACUGGGAGCAACUGGGGGUGCUGCUAAAGUCACUGGGAGGGUUCUGGGGGCAACUGGGGCUUACUGGGAGUCACUGGGAGACUUUAGGGAAAUGGAGCAGUCCUAAGGAGCUACUGGGAUGCAACUGGGAGUCACUGGGAGCUGAUGGGGGUCCCAAGGGGGACUGGGAGCUACUGGGAGUGUCCCAGGGGAGGGGUGGGAACUGCCGGGCGUGACUGGGAGCUACUGGGGACCAUGGGCCUGAUACUGGGAGGAUACUGGGAGUCCCCGGGGUUGCCCCGCCCCCCUUCCUAUUGGCCACUGCCUCUUUGCCCUGCCCCCCCGGGGAAAUUGCAGCCAAUGAGAGCGCGGCCUUCCCCCCCCCCCCCGCGCCAGCAUUAACCCCGCCCUUUGAAACCAAAAGUGCCUUUAAGGGGCGGGGCUUCCCCGCCCCUUCCCCGCCCCUCACCCAAUAAACGGUCCAAGGCCAGAUUGCACUUUGA